AUGAGUGCUCAAUUGGCCAAUCUUACCGACAUGAUUUCGAAGAUGUCCAUGUCCUCCUCCAACAACACCAACCAACCCUCAACCUCUUCUAACCUUCCAUCCCAACCCCAACCAAACCCAAAGGGCGGUCUCAACGCUAUCACUCUACAGUCGGGAACUACAUUGGAGGAGAUACCUCCAAGGGUCAUGGAGGACAUUCAUAAGGAAGAAGUGGUUGUUGAAACUCCACAUGAAGAGGGGGAGGUAGACAAAAGGCAUGAGGGAGAAGGAGUAAACCUCAAGGAAUCCAAGAGGAAAGCUCUAGUGGAUGAGUCCAUCCCUAUUCCAUUCCCUUCCAUGGUGAAGAAAGCAAAGAAGACACCGGAAUUUGAUUUGAACAUGCUUCAAGUGUUCAAGAAGGUUGUGGUAACCAUACCAUUUCUUGAUGCUAUUCAACAAAUUCCAAAGUAUGCAAAAUUUUUGAAAGACUUGUGCACACACAAGGAUAGGAUGGGAGAAUUAGAGACAUUAUCCUUGGGAAGUUCAAUUUCUUCCUUGAUGAAACCUAUUCCAAAGAAAUAUGGUGACCCUGGGCCUUGUUUGGUGUCUUGUUGUAUUGGUGGAUGCACUUUUCAUGAUUGUAUGUGUGACCUUAGAGCUUGUGUUAGCAUCAUGCCGCUUUCUACUUUUAUGCGGUUAAAUUCAGCUCCAUUAAAUAAGUCGGCGGCGAGGUUUGCCUUAGCCAAUAAAAGUGUGAUUACGGUAACAGGGAUAGCUGAAGAUGUACUUAUGGCGAUCAAGGAUUUGGUCUUUCCAGCUGACUUUUACAUCCUUGAAAUGCCUCCAACAGAAAAUAGAAGCUCAUCCUCCAUUCUACUUAGUAGACCCUUCCUUAAGACCUCUAAAUUCAAGUUAGAUGCCUUCACCGGCACAUAUUCCUUUGAGGUUGGAGACAAGACUAUCAAGUUCAAUUUAGAAGAAGCCAUUAAGCAUCCUCCCGAAGAGCAUUCCGUUCUCCAAUGUGAUGUAAUUGAUGAAGUGGUAGCAGAAGUCCAAGAAGAAGACCAUAACAAGUUGUGCUACCAUAUUGUUGAAGAGACGGAUGACCAAGAGGGUGAACAUGAGAAAGUUGUUGAGAAUGAACUCCGUAAGCUUGACGAAAAGGAACCUCAGCUUGAGGCAAAGAGUGAAUUGAAGCCUCUCCCAUCUCAUUUGAAGUAUGCUUUCUUAGAGGACAAGCAGAAGUUUCCGGUCAUUAUUGCUAGUGAGCUUUCUAGUGAAGAAGAAGAAAAGCUCCUAGAUGUUCUCAAAAAUUACAAGAAGGCAAUUGGUUGGAGCCUAGCCGAUAUUGUGGGAAUUUAUCCUCGCAAGUGCAUGCAUCGUAUAUUUCUCCAAGAGGGAGCUAGGCCGGUUAGGCAACCGCAAAAGAGGCUCAACCCAACCAUCCUCGAUGUGGUAAAGAAGGAGGUCACUAGGCUACUUGAUGCGGUUGUUCCCAAGAAAUCAGGCAUCACUGCGGUUACAAAUGAUGAUGGUGAAGUGGUCACCAAGAGAAUGUUGGACCGUUUGGCAGGUAAAUCCCAUUAUUGCUUUCUUGAUGGAUUCACUGGUUACUUCCAGAUUUACAUUGCUCCUGAAGAUCAGGAAAAGACCACAUUCACUUGCCCUUUUGGCACCUUUGCCUACAAAAGGAUGCCAUUUGGACUAUAUAAUGCACCUGCUACUUUUCAGUGA